GGGGAGACAGGCGAGCUCGGCGAGCUCGCUGCUGCCUGGCUGAGGCGGGAGGGACGCGGGGCUGCGGCGGGGCGGAUGGGGCUGGCGCCGGCGGAGAGGCUCUGGGAAGAGAGAAGCGGCAGCACACGCCAUGCUUUGCUGGAAACGCACCGUCCCUUCGCCCUGCGGACCCUGAGACACCUGCCCCCUCCUAGGACUGCGGAGCCCUGAGCUGCCCCCUUUCUUUGCUGCAUGCCCAGUCACGAGUGCUGGAUUAUGUUCGUCGCAUUCUCCCUCUGCUCCAUAAUUUGGUUGAAUCGUGGCUUCAAGUUAAGGAAAAGGGGCUGCACUUCAGCGUGCGGGAGCUUGAGCGUGUGCGGGGCCAUCCUCACCAGGCUUCGCUCGUCCUGGCUCGUGCAAAGAUGGUAAACGCACAAAGAAUGGUGCAGGGCUAGAGCAGCGCCUGAGCCUGCGCCCGACGUCCCGAGCAGCUGGCCCGGCUUCAGCCACCCUGUGCAGCAGAGAAGAUGGGCAGCACCGAGGGCUUUCAGUACCGUGCGCUCUACCAGUACUGCAAAGAGCGCAACGAGGACAUCGACCUGCUCCCCGGGGACAUCCUGGUGGUGAGCAAAGGGGCCUUGCAGGCCCUGGGCUUCAAGGAUGGAGACGAGCAGACGCCCAACCAGAUCGGGUGGAUCCCGGGUGUCAAUGAGCGCACCAAGCAGAAAGGGGAUUUCCCUGGCACCUAUGUGGAGUACAUCGGGCCCGUGAAGAUCUCCCUCCCUUCCCACAGACCCAGGGUGCAGAGACCCCUGCCAGCGACUCCUGGGGCCAGCACUUCCCGCAUGCAGGAGGCGCUGGAGCAAGGUUGGCUCCUCCCGGACCUGGCGGAGCAGUUCACCCCCCCUGAAGUCGCGCCCCCGCUUCUGCUCAGGCUGGUGGAAGCCAUUGAGAAGAAAGGCUUAGACAGUGAGAUGUUAUACAGGACGUCUGGCUCGGAGUUGAGACAAGCACUGAAGACCGAUUGGGUGCUGGGCGACGUGGAGCCGCUCGACGUGCAUUCCCUGGGCGAGGCGCUGCGGGGCUUCCUGCAAGACCUGCCUGCUCCCGUGGUCCCGGCGUUGGUGCAUGGCGAGAUCCUGCGCCUCCUGCAGGAGAUCCCGCAGCCAGAGAGCUGCAGGAAGCAGCUGCUGCUGGCGCUGGAGUCUCCUGCGGUCCCUCUCCAGAACCUGCUCACCUUGCAGUUCCUGCUCCACCACCUGGAAAAGGUGUCCCAGCAGGCCGAGAGCAACGGACUCCACCCUCGGGCCCUGGGCGAGAUCUUCGGCCCUCUGCUGCUCCGGCUACCUGGCACCAGUGCAGAGCUGAGCCCCGAUUUCUCAGGGCUCUUCCUGGAGACGCUUCUGCAGGCCAAGGACUCGGAGCCGGAACAAGUGCCACCAGCUCUGCCUCCGAAGCCCUCAAAGCCGAAGCCCGGUGGAGCCAGCCUGGCCAAUGGGAGCAGCGCGCCCCUGCAGGAGGCGGAGUGGUACUGGGGCGACAUUUCCAGGGAGGAGGUAAACGAGAAGCUGCGCGACACGCCGGACGGCACCUUCCUGGUCCGCGACGCCUCCAGUAAGAUCCAGGGGGAGUACACGCUCACGCUGAGGAAAGGGGGCAACAACAAGCUGAUCAAGAUCUUCCACCGGGAGGGGAAGUACGGCUUCUCGGAGCCCCUGACCUUCGGCUCCGUGGUGGAGCUCAUCAACCAUUACCGGCAUGAGUCGCUGGCCCAGUACAACGCCAAGCUGGACAGCAAGCUGCUCUACCCCAUCUCCAAGUACCAGCAGGACCAGCUGGUGAAGGAGGACAGCGUGGAGGCUGUGGGGGAGCAGCUGAAGGUCUAUCACCAGCAAUACCAGGACAAGAGCCGGGAGUACGACUUGCUGUACGAGGAGUAUACGCGCACCUCACAGGAGCUGCAGAUGAAAAGGACGGCGAUUGAGGCCUUCAACGAAACCAUCAAGAUCUUUGAGGAGCAGUGCCAGACGCAGGAGAGGUGCAGCAAGGAGUACAUCGAGCGCUUCCGGCGGGAGGGCAAUGAGAAGGAGGUGCAGCGGAUCCUGAUGAACUCCGAGAAGCUGAAGUCGCGCGUCACCGAGAUCCACGACAGCAAGAUGAAGCUGGAGCAGGACCUGAAGAAACAGGCCUCGGAGAACCGGGAGAUCGACAAGCGCAUGAACAGCCUCAAGCCGGACCUCAUGCAGCUGCGCAAGCUCCGGGACCAGUACCUGGUGUGGCUGACGCAGAAAGGGGCCCGGCAGAAGAAAAUCAACGAAUGGCUGGGCAUCAAGAACGAGACCGAGGACCAGUACUCCAUGAUGGACGACGAGGAGGAGCUGCCGCACCAUGAGGAGCGCACCUGGUACGUGGGGAAAAUCAACCGUGUGCAGGCGGAGGAGAUGCUGUGUGGCAAGCGCGACGGCACGUUCCUGAUCCGCGAGAGCAGUCAGAAGGGCUGCUACGCCUGCUCUGUGGUGGUGGACGGCGACACCAAGCACUGUGUGAUCUACAAGACGGUGACCGGUUACGGCUUUGCCGAGCCCUACAACCUGUACGCAUCCCUGAAGGACCUGGUUCUGCAUUACAAACACAUGUCCCUGGUGCAGCACAACGACUCCCUGAAUGUCACGCUGGCUUACCCGGUCCUCUCCCAGCCACCUGCCAGAUGAGCCACUGACGCAGGGCACAAUGGCUGCUUCCACCUCCUCCCCAGGCUCUGGCUCUGUCCCUUGUCUGCCCCCCAGAGCCUGGGGGAUGUCGUGACCUGUUCCUGGUGUCCCGCUCGCUCAGCAGUAGAAACCCAGCUGGACGCUGGCCGAUGGGGAGGCAAUGCUGGGCCGUCGGCUUGGGGUGUAAAAGCCGUUUGUGACUUCAACCUUUCCGAGGAGGAGUCCAGUCGCAGGCUAAUUGCUAUGGGGGGGCUUCAUCUCUCCCUUCGCAGUUCCCCGGGGGUGUUUUUGCUCCCCCUCCCCCCGCUGUGUGUCUCUGUACAGCUCGGUUCCUAGUUCCUGUGUGUGCCAUGGGGUCGCCAACCCAGCGGCCACGUCUCGCGUUAUAACUGAGGUGCUACCCCUGCUCCGGUGGGACCAGCCCUGCUGGGAAGGGGCGGGCAGCGCUCUCUCCUGAACCACAAGUGGUCGUUGCUAAAACCGUUCUCUCCUUUCCCUUCCCUUCAGUAAUCCUGGAGUGAGCGCCGGCCUUUGGUCUGAGGGGUGCCAGCCUCUCCCAGAGAGAGAGCUAGAAAAGGGGGAACUUGAUCAUUGAAGGGGUUGGUGAGGGCACGGCACGCUGGCUCCUUGGCAGAGAUGCCAGAUGUUCCAUGUAACCCCUGGGUGUGGCUUGCAGGGGAGGCUCCGUUAGAUUAGUUCGUUACUAACCCACCUGCCUCGCCUUGGUUGUGCCAGCUAAGCUGUGAAAUCCAUGUUGGUACCAGUGCUUCCCUGGGCUGCAUCUGGGGGAUGCACAGCUGUGCUUGUCCAUUGCUUCUGGGGAGUCUCCUCCGUGUCACUGGUCAGAGCUCACUGUAGCCAUGUAAAUACGGUUAUCUUAUAAUCAA